CUGACAUCCGACAGGGGGCAGCAGGUGUCGGAAAUGACGUUGGUGGUGCAAUAUGGCGGAGGAAGUGGAUGUGGAUAUUGAAGGAGAUGGAACGGAGCUGAACCUGGGUGAGGACUGUGGCACUGUUUCUGGCUUUCUGCAGGACCAUUACCUGGAUUCUUCCUGGAGAAAUAACAAUGGUUUCUUGUCCUGGACUCUGGAUAGCUCUCUUAGUGAAGAGAACAGAGCCGCUAUUGAGAAGAUGUUACAGGAGGAAGAAUACUAUCUGACAGGGAAAAAGCAUCGCCCAAACAGCUGGCCUGAUCACCAAGAGAGUGAGAAAAUACAUGUGAAAAGUAUUCGUCAGAAGAAAGCUGUGAAAAGCCGGACUCCUGGAACAACAAGCAGUUCUUGGCCAGCACGCUGGACAGCAAAGGAGAAAGAACUGUUUGAGCAAGGGCUGGCUCAGUUUGGCCGGAGAUGGACAAAAAUUGCAAAGCUAAUUGAAACACGAACUGUGCUGCAAGUGAAAAGUUAUGCCAGACAGUAUUUUAAGACAAAGGCAAAGAAUGAAAACCUUGGCGAAGAGGCAAAUAUUUGGUCUACCAAAACAACUUUUGUGUCUGGAAAUGGUGCCAACCUUUUGAAGAUAGGAUCAGAGUAUUGUAGUCCUACAUUAGCAAAAGGUCAGGUUUAUCCCACUGUCAAUACUGUUAAGAUUGAACAUAUGUCUGAUGAUGAAGAUGUGGACGUCAUGGAUGAAACAGAUAGCGAGAGUGAUGGGCUUCAGGAGCAGAAGAGAAGACUAACCCAACCUGCUUCAAAGACGGAUGAACAUGAGGUGACUACUUGUAACAGUGCAUCUGGAUUAGAUGACUCUGCCUCUUCCACUGUAGGUUUGCAAAAAUGUUUACAGGUGACAGAUAUAAAACAAGUGUCCAAGCCCAAUGCCACAAAUAGUAAUAAAACAGAUAAUUUGAUGUCCAUGAUUGAUGACAGUCAAGAAAAUGAAAGAUCGGUAAAAACAGCCAAUGUAGACUUUGUAGUCUACAGCAAAUGUGGACUUCCAAUGGAGCCCAAUGAAGGAUUAGGAGUGCAAAUACCUGAUUUUCUAGAGUUUAACCAAUUAGAGGAAAAAGAGAAGAUCCGUAAUGAUAUCUGUGCAUAUAGUUUGCCCGAAUCAGUUUGUGAAAUGGAAGGGGAUGAAGAGACCUGUGAUAGCGAAGGAGAACUAUUGAAAGCUCCCACACAAGAAGUAAUAUUGGACAAAAACACGAUCACAGAAGAUGAAAAACAAGCUAUCCCUGAGUUUUUUGAAGGACGAUCAUCAAAAACACCGGAACGCUUUCUGAAAAUUCGCAACUAUAUCUUGGAUCAGUGGGAGAAGUCUAAACCCAAAUAUCUGAAUAAAACAUCAGUGCGACCAGGAUUAAAAAAUUGUGGAGAUGUGAAUUGCAUUGGACGAAUACACACAUACCUGGAGCUAAUUGGAGCUAUAAAUUUUGACUGUGAGCAGGCAAUAUAUCAUCGACCACGACCUGCAGACCGAGCACGUAAUAAAGAGGAAGGAAAGGACAGUGAACAGACAUAUUUGCUUGCGCAAAGAUUGCAGUCCAUGCGUACCAGAAGACGGCGGGUGCGAGAUUCUUGGGGCAACUGGUGUGAUGCAAAGGAUCUGGAGGGACAAACUUUUGAGCAUUUCACAACAGAAGAACUGGCCAGGAGGCAGGAAGAAGAGUUGAACAAGCCUCCAAAACCAGCAAGAGGCCCUCGCCAGUCGAAGAGCUCUUUUGACCCUUUCCAGCUUAUCCCGUGUCACUGCUUCAGUGAAGAGAAACCAGAGCCGUUUCAAGUGAAGGUAGCUUCAGAGGCGUUGCUAGUCAUGGAUAUGCAUGCCCAUGUGUCAAUGGCGGAAGUGAUUGGCCUGUUAGGUGGACGAUAUUCUUCAGGAAAGAAAGUAUUAGAGAUCUGUGUUGCAGAGCCAUGUAACAGCUUAAGCACAGGAUUACAGUGUGAGAUGGACCCAGUAUCACAAACACAGGCAUCUGAGGCCCUAGCUGGAAGAGGAUACAGCAUUGUUGGAUGGUACCAUUCCCAUCCUGCGUUUGAUCCUAAUCCAUCCUUAAGAGACAUUGACACCCAGGCUAAAUACCAGAAUUAUUUUUCACGUGGAGGAGCUCAGUUCGUUGGGAUGAUCAUCAGUCCAUAUAAUAGAAGUAACUCCUUGCCUUAUUCCCAGGUGACAUGUCUUAUAGUUAGUGAUGAACUCAGCACAGAUGGCCGUUUCCGGCUCCCAUAUAAGUGUGAGUUGAAGCAAAUGAAUGAAGAGCCUCUUUGGGUGCAAAUGAUAGAUAAAGCACGCUGGAUAAUGGAGAAGUACAAGCUAUCCCUCAGUAGUGUUCCAAUGCUCCACAUGUUUCACAGAGAUUCCAAUUUGACAUGUUUGCAGAAGCUGCUUGAGUCCAUGAGGAAAACACUGGAAAAUCAAUGGAAUGCUGCGGUUACUGAGGAGUUUCUGACGCAGAUUGAAGAUUUGUUCCUUGCAGGCUAUAACAACGAAGACAGGAACAACAAAUUUGAAACUAUUGCUAAGCUUCCAGUAGAACCAGGCAACUAAAUAGUUGUAUAUAUAUUUUCAAGACCUGCAUGUCUGAAGUCACACUUUCAAAAAAAUGAACUUUGCACUGAGAAAUCUACUGAUGUUGUAAGAAGAAUCAUAAGAAAUUGUGUAGUAGAGAAGCCAGAGGACUUUUCAGUACAUUUUGGCUGGUUUUUAAAGGAAGUUCAAUAUAAAAACACUAAGUUAGCUGAGAGGAAAGGCUGAGAGGUUUUUUUUCUUCCCAAUUUCAAACAAAAUAAUGAUGCUUGCUGCCAAUUGCUUUGACUCUUUAAGUAAAAACAUGCAGUUUUCUUGCCAUUGUGGAGCUGAGUAAGUGGGGUUAUUUCUGUGCAGUCAGUUGAGGGGACUGUUGCAGAGUGGCUCAAUUGGAAGCUGCAGACACAAGGAUUUCAAACAGGUUUGAGUAUCUCUCCGAAAUUACUUGACUGUGGGAUGUCAACAGGAAAAUCUACAUCCUAAGCUGUUGUGUGACUUCUCAGGGUUAGUCAGCUUUCACAAUUUGUUGAGGCCAUUGCGCUGAAAUGUUCCUAGACAUUAAUUGAACCUUCAUAGCAUGGAGAAGGUCCCUCUAGGCUCUCACGGUUUCAAGGAGAUAGUCGUCUUAUUUAUGGAUUUAUUUUAAGUAAAAGAAACCAUUAUUUCUCCAUUAGAAAGGGUAAAUAUUUUAAACAAAUAUUACAUUUAGAAGUCCUUCCUUUAUUAUUAGAUAGUACAGCUGAAAAACCUUAUAGACCAAAAAAAAUUAUAAAAUAGUUUUGAACUAAGAGCUGCCCUGUUAUAUAUUUUAGUUACAUUGCAUUUUUAAGUGCGAGACAGUAGGUAAUGCUUUGAGACAUAAUGUGUGACAUUUGGAUUUAUGAACCUCUGGCUUUGGUUUAUUAUGUAGCAUGUGCGUUCCGCUGUUGAAAUCUGGUGCAUUAGCAGAUGAACAAGUUUCAUUUAUACUUCGUGUACUGAUCAGAAAUGGCAGGUAUCUGCUUAACCCAGACUGACUACAAUUCUUGACCCCUCCUCAAGAGCAAACACAAUAAGUCAUGAUGUGUCUAUACUUUUCCAUCACACUUUCUCGACUUGGGGAGGAAGAAUCAACAACAUUUGAGAUAAUGCUUAAAGAUAAAUUAGUGGUCUAGUAACAUGAAAAUGCUCAAAUGGCACAUUUUCUUGGGAAAAUUACAGUAAUUACGUCACACUUAUUAAGUUGCCAGAUGGUGUGACUGUUCACACAUCCCAGUUGUUAAAACAGGUGUGUGCUGCCCUCACACAAACAGCUUCACUGAAAAUAGAACUUGAUGAAACGAUAAAACACAUGACUUUGGACUGCAUUUUUUGGGUUCUGGGAUUUAAUUCAUCUUUAUUGUGGAAUCACUUUGGAUUCCAGCUGCUGAUCAACGUUUUAAUUUGCGUUCCAGCACUGGAUCUUGAUAUCAGUAAUUAGGAACAAGAGAGGUUUGCUACCUUAGCUUCUUCAAAUAAAUCAUCUGUACACUCCUAUUCUGAUAGGAGACAACAGUGGUGAUCUCUAUAUGGCUGCUUUUGGACUGGAACAGUUUUGAAGAUUGCUUUAAAAGGAAUAUGAUUGCAUGCUACAAAAAUAGUAUUUCAGGAGGUAGUAUGUACACUCUGUGUGUUCGCAGUUAUUGAAAUGUUACCUAAUUUUUUUUUUUCUCCAGCUUUGUGAAAUGGAACUCUGAAGUCUAAAGAAAUACUAAGCAUGAAACAGUAAAACUGUAACUUUUCAUUCAUAAGGUGCCUUGUUUUGGACUAUGACUGUGUCUUCUAACAAUUGAUCCCAAUACAUAUCAGCACAUUAUUUAAGCAUUUAGAUCCAAAUUACUUAUAAAAAGUAAGCUUUUCUAAAAGGUCAGAUUGUACACAAAAAAAGUAAUUGAAAGGGGUUUCCAUGGUCCAUAUAGGCUGUGGCACCAUGCUGCUAAAGACGUCAGCAGUCACUAUCGAGAAACCUGUUCAAAUUGAGUGUAUUGGCUUCUGAAGAUGAGCUGACCCCUGAGUGUCCUAAGUUUCAGGAACUUCAAACAUUGAGAAUCUUUGAUUUUUGUCCUCUGCAGAUCAUUAGCCUUGGAGGGAGGUCAAAGCUGCACCUUUAACAAAAUCCCACAAGUAUUCACCAAAACGGUUGAGCAACCAUCCAUUCUGGAUCUGUUCUAUUUCAGUUCUUCUGCCAGCUUUGCUGUGGUGUGUUUCAGAGGUUCUGAGUAAUUUUAGGCCAUAUGUAAUUUUGUACUGAAUGGUCUUUUGCGGCCACUGAUUAAUUGCUUUGAACACCCUGACUCUAAGAUACAAGGUUAAGGUAACACAAGUUUAGCAUACAUUUUAUAGUAUGUACGGAUGUAUACACUUUUAGUGGUUUCAGUGACUUAUUCAUAUUCCUUACUUCUGGCAUAAUUUAAUUAGUGCUAUCUAAACAGCAUGACAAAUAUGAAACUGAAUUAUUUUUUGAAAAGUACAUUCUGCAAGACAAUUUAAACAUUUGUGGCAUAUUUUUGUUAUUUGAAAUAGUUUAAUUUUAUAUACAUUGAAUUCACAGUGACAUAGCUAACAAUAGCAGGCUCCAUCUAUCCCACUUGAUGAAACAGUUAGUAAACCAAAAGCUUCCAUAUAUUGAUUGAUAGCUGGUUUUGAGUUGUAACUCAUGACAUGAUCUACAGUUCAAAACCAUUAAAGACAGUCCAGCUGUACUACUGUGAUUUAUUAUGUCAGAAACUUGAUUAUGCUGUAGUCUCAUCAUUCCAAAUCUAGUUAAUUAUUAUCAUUAUCAGAAGUACAGAAUUCACAAUAAAAAUGCUAUGAAUUCAAACUUCAGGAUAGUUAAAGUUAAUCCAGCGUAUUACCUUGAUAUGACUGAACAACUUUAAAAGACUACUGAUGAGUAAAAAGAAUUUCACAGCCAGUUAGUAAGGCUCAAUCACAGCUGCUUGGCUGAAAAUCAUGUAUUAGGAAUAAGCAUAAAACUAUGAAGGACAGAAGAGAAAUUUUGUACUGAACUUAAAUUGCUGAAAGGAGAGAGACAUUGCCAAACCUUUUCAUCUUGCAGCAAUCAGGACAAAUGGAAGAACACCAAACUUCAAAAGAUUGCAAGUUUGUCACAGGAGAAAAAAAAUGAGUGCUCAAUGAUUGGCAGGUUGACUGAUGUCCAAAAACACAGAGAACUGUAGGCUCCCAAGGCUUCCAGGUGAUUCAAAAGUGUUACAAGGCUUCAACGUAGUUCUUUUGUUUACAUAAAACAAGAGAAUAUAUGUUACUUCUGGCAGAGCAUAAGUGUGCCACAUUGAGCUAGACUGGUUAUCUGAAGUGUGAUAGGGUUAGCAGGAUUGUUCAGCAAACACUGAACAAUUGUGAUAUCACAUUGCAAAGCAGAUGUUUUGUUUCAAAUUUUAGGUUUGGUGUGUACCCUACCUAUUAUGUGCUGCCAGAGAACAGCUUGUUUAAAUGAAUCCAUCAAUCGUGGGAUAUGCAGCCUGUGUACCUAGUAUCUCAGCAAUACUGAAGUUCAUAUACAACAUUUAUGUAAUGGGCACAUUGUCGUUAUGGUCUGAUGCCAUUUUUUCCCUUUGAAAUAUGGGUGUCAGUGGCAAAUUGCCUGUGCCAAAUUACCCUUGAACUGAAUGGUUUACUUGGCCACUUCAAAAGGCAGGUAAGAGUCAACUCCAUUACCGUGGAUCUGGAGUCACACGUACGCCAGACGAGGUAGGAUGGCAGAGUUUCUUUGAAUAAGGACACAGUGAAUCAGAUUAGGUUUUCAGAACAAUUGAUAGUUUCAUGAUAGCUGUUACUGAUACUAAGUUUUAUUACAGGCUUAUUAGUUGAAUUUAAAUUUCAUCAGCUGCUUUGGCAGGAUUUGGACUCUGGGAUUACAAGUGUAGCUACAUUAGCACCACUCCAUAUCUCCCCACUUUCCAAUUAGCGCAAAAUACCAGUUGUGCCCCCACUGCAUAGCAGCAAUGUAAACUAUCUUGCUUUACCUGUUCAAAACUUUGAGACACAGUCUUACCAGGGUAGUCUGAGCUAGACACAAAACUCUUCAGUUUGCAAGUGAUUACCUUUGCCCAUGUGGGAGCUCAAUACACAGGAACGUACAAGUUGGAAGCAGGGCUCGGCCAUUCAGCCCCUUUAGUCUGUUUUGCUAUUCUAUGGGAUUGUGGCUAAUCUGACUGAGGUUUCAACUCUAGUGCCCCCAAUACUCUCUAGUUCCUUUGCCAGUUUAAAAAAAAAUCUGUUGAUCUCAAAAACAACUAUGUGAUUAGCUGUUCUGCGGGUCAGGCUUAAUGUGCUUGAAUUCCACAUUAAAGUUUGCAAGGUAAGCAAAAGACUUGGGCUGUAUUUACAGGAUUGCUUAUAAGGCCUAGUUUAUAGCAGUGGAGGUAUAUGAAUCCCAAUGCAUAUAUUAACCAAUGAAGGAAGGCUUGUGGAAGACAGUAGUGGAGAAAUCAUUAGCAAAUUUCUCAGCAAGCACAUGGAGUGCAGUAAACUGCCCCAUACUCAAAGUGAAUCAGCACGUGAGAUAGAGUACGUUAUAAUGGGCAAGAAGAUUUUUAACAUAAUCAGUUGAGCUUGUAUCAUUGCUCAUUUAUGCUUGCCAGAAGAGAUGUAUUCGUACACAGGGAACCCAUCAUUGCAAAGAAAAGAAUAUUUUGAAGCCUUACACACUUUUAAAUUACACAGAAACAUGAGGAAUCAUUGCAAUGCCUGGACCAAUCUGAGUUGAGUUGCCAAUCAAUCAGCAUCCCUUUACUUCUGUAGUAUAAAUUGUGCUCAUUUUGAAAUUUGGCUUUCUUGCAUUUUUCUUGAUGAGUACAAGAUGAAAGGCUUUAACAAUGUGUCUCUUUUCAGUAAUAAAAAACAUAUACAGCUUAAGAAAGGUUCAAAGUCAAUGGAAAAAAAGCAAGACACUCAGUCCACAUUUCAAAACAUUCUUGACAAAUUACAAAAAAUAAGAUAUUUGCCCCAAAGUACUUAGUCACAGCAUGGGUUCAGAUGCAAGAAUCACAGUCAAAAAAAUGGAUCCAUCCUUGACUGCUGUUUGAUCUAGACAGAAAUUGAGAACAUCUAUGAAUCAGCAGAAAAUAUUUUGGCAGAUAAAACAGCAGUUGAAACUGCAAUAAUCUGUUCUUGUACUUCAAAGUGUACUGAACUGUACAAUACAUGCUUGCUUAAUUAAAUGUUCCAUGAACAUUGUCCUGCAUACAUUUAUAUCUUGUCAACCUGUCAGUAGGUUUCUGAUUAGGAAGUCACAGUGCAGUGUUUAUAUAGUUUUUAAGCUAAAAGUCAAGAUAUAAUGAAUAUGUUGAUAAAAUUGACUGCAUGGCAACACGCUGUAAAUAAAAGUUUCUGAGAACAGUAUCUACAUUGCUUGAAAUUGUUUGUUUGUAUGUCUGUUGUGAGGUUAGAAGUCAAAAGUAUGCAUACUAUGUGAUCACACUUGUAUAUUUCUUGACAAAGACAUGUUUAACGUGUUAUAUCUUCAUGUUGUAAAGAUUUUGAGAAUUGCAGUUUUGAAAUAAGGUUAAUAAAUGAUCGGUUUUGUACCAUAAUAAUGUAGGUCCACCAUUGUGGUUCAUAUGUUUUAUCAAGCCACAAUAACUGCCA